AAAAAAACAAUAUUAUUCGAUUCAAUAGAAGUGUAUAUUCUAAUAACAUUGUUUUCUUUUUAUAAUAAUGAAAACAAAACGACUUUGAUCAAAUUGUUAUGCUGUCCACUCACACACGCAUCAUCAAUAAAUAAAGAAAAAAAAAACUCAAACCCGGUCAAAGAUAUCCCAAUUGCUCGUUGACCAUGAUAAGGACAUAUCCGUCAUUUUAAUCUUCCCACGCUUUUCCUCAAGGGCUUAUUCGUCUUUAAACAAAAAAAUAGACAUCCACUGGGCACGUAUCUUCUUCUUCUUCCUCGUCUUUAAUCAAAACCAAUUUAUUACUCUGAUUGUUAUUUCGCAAUUCGGUAUAAUUCAAACGGGAGAUUUCGUUUUCCGAUCAUCACCGAUCAACUUCUUCGCCGGAGAACAAAUAAGUUUCAAAGCUUCUUUUGACGAUUAAAGUAGAAUAAACAGAAAUUGAAUCCAUGAAGAAGAUAAAGAGAAACCUCAGAGAAGAAGAAGAAGGAAGGUGAUGAAUGUUGAGAUCGAUUUUUGAUUUCAAUCAACGUUCAACGAAGAUGGUGAUGAUUUCUCAUAAGUUGGAUUUGAUUUUGGUUUUCAUAAUCGUAAUCGGAGGAUCUAUUUUCCGACGAGUUUCUGCUAAUUUCACCGUACCUUGUAACGGAAGAUGCGGUGGAUUGACUCUGCCUUAUCCUUUCGGGUUUUCAAACGGUUGUUCGAUCCGAUUCGAUUGCUCUGCGGCGGAGAAACCGAUGAUCGGAGACUUUUCCGUUCAAAACGUGACGGAAAACAGUAUAUUUGUCGGUCUCUCUCACAAUUGUACUCGGAAGAUUGAAGAUAUGAAUCCGCUUUUCGGCGAGAAUUUCGCACCAACGUCGGAGAACAGUUUCUUGAUGGAGAAUUGUAACCGUACCACCGAUGGUUGCUCUAUCAAGCAGAAGUUUCUGGAGAAUGUGCUGAAACUCAAAAGUUGUGAUGCUACUGGAAACAUAAGUUGUUUUUCUUUAGAUAGUAAUUCGAGUUCGAAGAACUCAGCUAAGUUUUUCAGUAUGAAGACAUUAAGGAACAGCUCGUGUAGUUUGUUGUUCUCGUCGAUAGCUUUCGAGUCUGUAGGUGUGAAUGCGGGUAUAGCGUUAGAGUUUGAGCGAGUUCGGUUAGGUUGGUGGCUUAAGGGAGGUUGCGAGAGCGGAACUUGCGCGGCUAACACCGAUUGUACAGACGUUGAAACUCCUCAUGGAUAUGCAGGACACCGGUGCUCAUGUCUUGACGGUUUCCACGGUGACGGAUACACCAACCCUUGCCAGAGAGCACUACCGGAGUGCCGUGGUUCCAAGCUCGUCUGGAGACAUUGUAGAUCUAAUCUUAUUACUAUUGUAGGAGGAACUGUUGGUGGAGCGUUUUUACUAGCUGCCUUGGCUUUUUUCUUCUUUUGUAAGCGGAGACGGUCUACUCCUUUGAGAAGUCAUUUAAGCGCAAAGCGUCUUUUGUCUGAAGCUGCAGGGAACUCGAGUGUCGCCUUUUUCCCUUACAAGGAAAUCGAGAAAGCGACAGAUGGUUUCUCUGAAAAGCAGAAGUUAGGAAUAGGUGCAUAUGGUACGGUCUAUAGAGGAAAGCUCCAAAAUGAUGAAUGGGUUGCUAUCAAAAGACUUAGACAUAGAGAUUCAGAAAGUCUUGACCAAGUCAUGAAUGAGAUCAAGCUUCUUUCCUCUGUGAGUCACCCGAAUCUUGUCCGUCUCUUAGGAUGUUGUAUAGAACAAGGCGAUCCAGUUCUCGUUUAUGAGUACAUGCCGAAUGGAACUCUAUCUGAACAUCUACAAAGAGAUAGAGGGAGUGGUCUUCCAUGGACCUUGCGUCUCACUGUUGCUACUCAAACAGCUAAAGCAAUCGCGUAUCUCCACUCUUCAAUGAACCCACCGAUCUAUCACCGUGACAUCAAAUCUACCAAUAUCCUUCUUGAUUAUGAUUUCAACUCCAAAGUUGCGGAUUUCGGACUCUCUAGACUGGGAAUGACGGAAUCUUCUCACAUAUCAACGGCUCCUCAAGGGACUCCUGGUUAUCUUGACCCGCAGUACCAUCAAUGCUUUCAUCUCUCUGAUAAGAGCGACGUCUACAGCUUUGGAGUCGUCCUUGCCGAGAUUAUAACGGGAUUGAAAGUCGUUGAUUUCACACGUCCACAUACCGAAAUCAACCUAGCGGCUCUUGCUGUUGACAAAAUCGGGUCAGGUUGUAUCGAUGAGAUAAUAGACCCGAUUCUUGACUUGGAUCUCGACGCAUGGACUCUCUCAUCCAUACACACGGUGGCUGAGCUUGCAUUUCGAUGCUUAGCCUUCCACAGUGACAUGAGACCGACAAUGACCGAAGUAGCGGACGAGCUUGAACAGAUAAGACUCAGUGGUUGGAUUCCAAGCAUGAGCUUGGAUUCACCAGCCGGUUCUCUCCGUUCAUCUGAUCGAGGAAGCGAAAGAUCAGUUAAACAAUCAUCAAUAGGAAGCAGAAGAGUCGUUAUCCCUCAGAAACAACCUGAUUGCCUCGCAUCCGUCGAAGAGAUUAGCGAUAGCUCACCCAUCUCAGUUCAAGAUCCUUGGUUAAGUGCACAAAGCUCACCGUCUACAAAUACAUUGCUCGGUAACAUUCCAAGAUGAUAGUAUGAUCUCAAAACACGAUUACCACUUUCUUGUUUAUAUAAGUCCCUCUUUUGUGUAGCUUUCACAAUCAUUCAGUGUUUAUAAUGCUAAGUAGAGAGAUUAACAAUGGUGAAAACAGGUUUAUACAUGAGUUAUAAUGUAAACGAUCUUGAAACAAGAUCUUUCAACCAGUACCACAAUGUUUAGUAAGAAUCUUCCAAUCUAAGGCUAAUAUCU